AUGAAAGAAGAGGGUAAAAAAGAAGAAGAAGAAAUGCGGAAAAAGGAAUUAGAACAAAUGGACAGUGAGAGAGGGAAGAAAAGGAAGCAAAAGAAAAGAGGAAGACACGCAAGUACUGUAUGUUCGAUGGGAGGAAGAAAGUUGCAAUCUCAACUGAACCCUUACAUUAAUUCCUUACACAACAUAAUUGGAUUCGAGACAAGAGACAGAAGCAGAGAGAAGCAAGUCAGAGAGUGA